AUUCGAGCGAGAGAGCGGAGGACGCACGUUGGCGGGGGCGGGGUCGACGAUGAGGGGACGGUGGAGAAAGAUGCAGCCGCGAUCAGCACCAAGUUCUCUCUUCAGCCCUCCUCCGCCCUUUCUCCUCCUCUCAUCCCGCCCCCGACGCCCACCAUGGACUCCUCGUCCGCCCCCGCUCUCUCUAGCGCCACCCCGCCCGCCUCUGCCGCCGCGCCCUCAACAGCGAGCACCCAGGCAAACACGGUUCCAGUCUCUAAGAAAGUCCUACACUCUAAACGCUCAUUCGGCACCAAGCAUUCUCUCGCCCACAGCCGUCCCGUCCUCGACUCCCCCGCCUACGACGCCUCCGAGGAGGACAACGACCCGCUCACCGAUGACGGCGCCUCCUCCAUCUCCAUCAACGUCUCCACCGCCCCAGGCAACCACCCGCACACCCGCGGCGGCGCCUCCUCGCGCUCCGCCCACCCCUCCGCGGGCGGCGGCGGCGCAGCCACCCUUCGUCCGCGCCCGCGGCACGCCCUCGCCGCCACCGUAGUCUCUUCCGAUGACGGCGGGAUCGAUUCGCCUACGUACGACGGCGACGUCGAGAGCAUCCACACCACCCGCGGCCUCGGCCGCGACACGCCCGGCUCCUCUGCGCACUACCCCUCCUCCAUCGCGUCCACAUUGACCUCCCCGCUGCUCUCCUCCUCCGCCCUGCACGAGAGCGAUGACCCCGCGACGCCCGAUGCGUCUCCCCCGCACCCCGCCGCGCAGCUGCUUUUCGCGCCGCCCUCGCCCGUGCUGACACCCGCCCCGCCCGCGCUCGCGCCCUCUGAGCCCGCGCCCGCGUCGAUCGCAAUCGACGCCUUCAACCCCGCCGAUCUCUCGCCCACGGACAUCCAGGAGUUCGCCCGCGCGUGCAUCGCCGGCACCGAUCCGCUCGGCAACGCGCGCCAGUACCGCAUCAAUGAGCCGCCUGCGGACCGCCCUGUGCGCAUCUACGCAGACGGGGUGUACGAUUUGUUCCACUUCGGCCAUGCGCUGCAGCUGCGUCAGGCGAAACUCGCGUUUCCUGCGCCUGAGGGCGCUCCGCCGCACGUUAUCUCGGGCGUGCAUUUGCUUGUGGGCGUGAACUCGGACGAGCAGUGCGCAGAGCACAAGAACCUGCCGAUCAUGACACACGCGGAAAGGUGUGAGUCGGUACGGCAUUGUAGAUGGGUGGACGAAGUCUGUCCAGAAGCACCGUGGGUCAUCGACGCCGCGUUCAUCGAAAAGUACCAAAUCGACUACGUGGCGCACGAUGAGGACCCCUACGCGUCUACUGGACACGACGACGUCUACGCCUUCGCAAAGGGCCAAGGAAAAUUCUUACCGACGCGGCGCACGCCUGGGGUGUCGACGUCCGAGCUGCUCGAGCGCAUCGUGAGCGGAUACCGCCACCGGCUGUUCGACAAGAAGCUCGCGCGCAUGGGCCACGCGGAGCUCAUGGCCGAGGGCAGCGACUACGACGACAGCAGCGCCGCUCCCUCCGCGCGCGUCUCGCCCUCGCGCCGCCCGCGCCCGCUCCCCGAGUAGCCGGCGCGAAUGGGCAUUGCGGGGUUCCGGUAAGGUUCGAAGAGAGACCAGACGGGUAAUAAUACGCAGGGCAAGGGGUCGAGUCGCGACUGGAUACAAGAAGAGAAGAGAAGAGCCAAGUAGUGUAUACACGUGUAUUGCCGCGCGCGCGGAUGCAGAUGCUUUGCAGGAAGCUUGGAUAGACGUGUCGGAUACCGUACAAGUAAGAAGAACCUCGGCGCGGACCGUGUAGCAAAUAUAUACAGCGUUUUGCAUCCUCC